AUGGCAUCUGUCAAGAUGGGCGCCUUGCCGUCGCUGCGCAAACAGCAGCUCCUCUCAGAGUUCACCGGACUCAAGCAGGCCUGCCCUGAAGGGAUAUUCGUCAGUCUUACUCCGGGAGAUGCCACGCUCUGGUCGGGUGUCCUUUUUGUCCGCAAAGGCCCAUACUGCCCUGCCAUCCUUAGGUUCCAGAUAUCCUUUCCCGACGCCUAUCCUCAGCUACCGCCCCUGGUCACCUUCUCGACCGACAUGUUCCAUCCCCUUAUCACGCCUUUGACCACCUACGUAUACAGCACCGAGAUCGAAGACAGCGGCACCGUGAGCGCCUCGGACCAGGAGCGGCUGCCCCCCGGCGGGUUCAGCUUACGGCAUGGAUUCCCAGACUGGUUCGGCCGGGGAAGGAGGAGCCUGAUAGAAGCGCGACGGACUUCGGGACAGCAAACGUCAAGUCCAGGUCCGACCGGCAGCAUAUCGAGCGCCACGACGACACCUGCAUCGUCAGCGGGAAGACCAUCCUAUAUGCGAACCGGGAAGAAGAGUGUAUCGGCUUACGAGGUACUACACUACAUCCGCAGCACAUUCGACGACGAGGGAGUUCUGGACUCGGUGCCGCUGGCCGCAGCAGGGAACCCGGGUGCCUGGCAUGCUUGGAGGACGCACCGGCGGGCAGCAGGCAAGCUGACAGAAGACACCGCCGCUGCGCCACCGCAAGGCGAGGAGAAGCCCAAAGAAGAAGGGGAGCAGGCCUCGGAGCAAACGCAGGACAAGGCGACACCUGCGUCACCUACCGUCACGACUCGACAUCCCGGGGAGUGGAAUUGGGAUGGGGUCUGGGAGGACAGAGUCAAGAAGGGCAUUGCCUCGAGUUUGUCGGAGCCUGUCCUCUAUGGCGGGACGAACACAGCUGAUGAUCUGAUCAAGUUCCUUCCCAUGGAAGACAACGACGUAGACUCGGUCAAGGAGAAUCUCCGCCGGACGCUUGGGCAAUCUGCGUGA